AUGGCCGGGUCGAAGAGCGCCGGCACCCUGCGGGACCUGCAGCUGGCUCUGCAGCUGAAGAUCGAGGAGCUCCGACAGAGAGACGCUCUCAUCGAUGAGCUGGAGCUGGAGCUGGACACCAAAGAUGACCUGAUACGGCAGCUGCAGGUCGAGCUGGACCGACACCGCAGCGCCUCGCAGCACGCGGCCAACUCCGGGGACACGGUAAACACAGGAGCAGCAGUUCAGGCUCCAGCAGCUCCUGAUGAGCCUCAGCGCACAAAGAGACAAGCUAUCUCUGCAGAGCCCACAGCGCUGGACCCCUCCCAGCUCACUGAUGUUACCCUCACCAGCUACUGCAAGACCAAAGAGUCCAGGGAGCUGAUCCAGAGGGCUCUGACAGACAACGACUUCAUGAAACAUCUGGAGCAGGGGCAGAUCCUCACCAUCAUGGACUGUAUGCAUCCCACCAGCCUGGCCAAAGGCUGCUGCGUCAUCCAGGAGGGCGAUGACGGCUCCACGGUCUACGUUCUAGAGGAGGGAAUGGUCGAGGUGACGAAACAAGGAAAGAAAUUAUGCACCAUCGGUCCAGGGAAAGUGUUUGGAGAACUGGCGAUCCUGUACAACUGCACUCGCACAGCAACAGUAACAGCCCUGACUGACAUCAAGCUCUGGGCGAUUGACCGACAGGGCUUCCAGACCAUCAUGAUGAGGACUGGUCUCAUCAAACAUUCCCAGUACACAGACUUCCUCCGCAGCGUUCCCUCCUUUCAGUCGCUACCUGAGGACAUUCUCAGCAAACUGGCGGAUGUUCUGGAGGAGACUCAUUACGGCGACUGUGAUUACAUUAUCCGUCAGGGAGCCAGCGGAGACACAUUCUUCAUCAUCAGUGAAGGACAGGUGAAAGUUUCUCAGCACAACUCAGCCAAUGACGAGCCGGUGACCGUGAAGACUCUCUCUAAAGGGGACUGGUUUGGAGAGCAGGCUCUGAAAGGAGAGGACGUUCGUACAGCCAGCGUCACGGCCGUGGGAGACGUCACAUGUCUGGUCAUCGACAGAGAGUCUUUCAAACAGCUGAUCGGAGGACUGGAUGAUGUCAACAACAAGCAGUAUGACAGCGAUGAGGUCAAAGCAAAACUGCAGGCAGAGGCUGAUUUCUUCUCCAGCGUCUCACUGAGUGAUUUCAAUAUAAUCUGCACUCUGGGGAUGGGAGGCUUCAGUCGAGUGGAGCUGGUGCAGUUAAAGAACGACGCCAGUCGAUCGUUCGCCCUGAAGGUGUUGAAGAAACGGCACAUCCUGGACACCAGCCAGCAGGGCCACAUCCUGUCAGAGCGCCGCAUCAUGAUGGAGGCUCACAGUCCGUUCAUCAUCAGGUUGUAUCGGACCUUCAGAGACUCUAAAUAUCUCUACAUGCUGCUGGAGGCCUGCCUCGGGGGAGAACUGUGGACGCUACUGCGAGACAGGGGGUCGUUUGAUGACGGCACCACCCGAUUCUACACCAGCUGCGUCAUAGAGGCUCUGGCAUUCCUGCACUCCAGAGGGAUCAUCUACAGAGACCUCAAACCCGAGAACAUCAUACUGGACCACCGAGGAUACGCCAAGCUGGUGGACUUCGGCUUUGCUAAGAAGGUGGGUCUGGGUAAGAAGACGUGGACAUUUUGUGGGACCCCUGAGUAUGUGGCCCCUGAGAUCAUCCUGAACAAAGGCCACGACAGUUCAGCUGACUGCUGGUCUCUGGGAAUACUGGUCUUUGAGCUGCUUAGUGGCAGUCCUCCAUUUUCAGGCUCUGACCCCAUGAAGACCUACAACAUCAUCCUGAGAGGCAUCGACAUGAUCGAGUUUCCUAAGAAGAUCACCAAGAGUGCUGCCAACCUCAUUAAACGACUCUGCAGGGACAAUCCUUCAGAGAGGCUGGGAAAUCAGAAAAAUGGAGUCAAGGAUAUCCAGAAACACAAGUGGUUUGAGGGUUUCAACUGGGACGGCCUCCGCCAGGGGACGAUUGACUCUCCAUUCACACCUACAGUGGACGGGCCGCUGGACAACAGCAACUUUGACUAUUUCCCAGAGGAUGCAGAGGACCCUCCUCCUGAUGAAGAGUCUGGCUGGGACCUUGAGUUUUAA